CAGAUAUUUCCUAAUAUUAACAUUACAAAAUCAAGACCAUGGCAGUUCUAAAGCUUUCCAUGGUUUGCUUUCUGCUCUUCAUCUUGCAUUCUAAUGCACAGACACUGAGCCUUGAUUUUUAUUCCAAGACAUGCCCGAGUUUGGCGAAGACAGUUAGCGACACGACAGCAAGGUUUAUUUAUGCAGCACCAUCACUCGCACCGGCUUUGCUGAGAUUGCAUUUCCACGACUGUUUUGUUGACGGAUGUGAAGGAUCCAUACUCCUGAACUCUACGAGCAAUAACACCGCAGAGAAAGAUGCGAUCCCCAACCGGAGCCUCCGAGGGUUCCAAGUGAUUGAUGCUGUUAAAUUGGAAGUCGAGAAGAAGUGCCCUGGACAAGUUUCCUGUGCUGAUAUUUUGGCUUUAGUUGCAAGAGAUGCAGUUUCACAGAUUAAAGGGCCGUUUUGGAAAGUUCCAUUGGGGCGAAGAGACAGUAGAGUGUCGAUUGGAAGUCGAGCAUUGACUAAUCUCCCACCUCCCUUCUUCAACAUUACACAGCUAAUAGCAUCCUUUGCAUCGAAGGGUUUAAGUGUUAAGGAUCUUGUUGUCUUGUCAGGUGGUCACACCAUUGGCGUGUCCCACUGCUCAAGCUUCACAACUCGCAUAUACAACUUCACCGGAAGGGGCGACGCCGACCCUACAAUGGAUCCUAACUAUGUCACGGAGCUCAAGAAGGUAUGUGGGCCAACCGACACGACCACCAUUGUCCAGAUGGAUCCAGGCAGCUCUAAGGAUUUCGACAAUGACUAUUUCAGUAUUGUGAAGAAAAGAAGGGGCCUUUUCCAGUCAGACGCUGCACUUCUGAACAAUGCAGAGACCAGCAAAUACAUUCAAAGUCAUUCAUUCAACCAGUUUGAUAAGACUUUCUUCUCUGAUUUUGCUGAAUCAAUGCAGAAAAUGGGAAGCAUUGGGGUGCUGACAGGAACUGCUGGAGAAAUCAGGAGGGUUUGUUCUGUUGUGAACUGAAAUAAGGAUUAGGGUUUGUGGGAUUUCUGUUAUAUUCUUUCGAUCUGUGUGUUCAAUUGAGUGCAUUUAUUUCUUCUGUGAGAGUGCAUUGUUUUGGAUUGUUUAAAGUCAAUGUUUUCUUUUGGGAUGAUCUAAAUGAUUUGGAUGUAUUGAAAUUCUUUCUUGUCGAAUUGCAAGUGAAUCAAUUGUAUACUUUUUCUUUUUUAACUUU